AUGUCGUCGCAUCAGCCUCUUCCAAAGACACCCAUCAGCCGUGCAGAGCUAGUUCGAACCAAUUGUUCUAUGCUUGCUCUUACAUCAAUUUUCGUUCUUGCUCGUGCUGCUGUUCAAAUUUCGAAACGCAGGGCCUUCGAGCUUCCCGACUUCUUCAUUUAUCUUUCUUACAUACUCUACGUCGCACUAUGGAGCUGUUAUAUCAUUGUCGUACCGCCAAUGUUCCACCUUUAUGCCGUCAUCGGCCGCGAGAUACCCCCGUAUAAGACCAUGAUGGAAGACGCAGCUCUCAUGUUGAGGCUACUCACCGCUGGGCAGAUGUGUUUUUAUACACUUCUUCUCUCGGUAAAGCUGUCAUUAUUGACGCUCUAUCACAAGCUACUUGUUGGUACUCCUGUCAUAUACAAAAGGGUGUGGUGGGCAACGGUCGGAUUCUGUAUACUUGCUUGGGUAGGGAGUGUUUUUAGCAGCAUCUUCACGUGCGAUAAUCUGAAGGAAAAGUUCGAGAAAGGUAAAUGCGGUGGAACGGGCAAUGAGAAUCAGAGGAUCAUCUUCAGCCUGUACUUUGCGUAUGCUGUUGAUGUCGCCGCUGAUCUUGCAAUCAUGUUCUUGCCAAUCCGCUUAACCUGGAGCCUGCAGAUGCCGAAAGCCCAGAAAGCUGGCAUCUUCGUCCUGUUUGGCAGUGGCUUUCUCUGCAUUGCAUCCGCGACGCUGCGAGUCGUGCAGUUGGGUACCGAUGGACGCGGCAAGACGACAACACCAGAACCGAAAUGGAUGCUCUUAUGGACGGUACUCGAAUGUUCGAUAGCAAUCAUAAUCGGCUGCUGCCCCGCAUUUGCCGUGUUCAUUCGCAAGCGUCUCAAUAGCUCGAAGAAGCCCUCCUACGACGCUCACGGGUACCUCAAGCAGCCGACGAGCGAUAACAUACAGUUGAAGAGUAUUGUCCGGGCGAAGCCGAGACAAAAGAACGAAACAGUCGACCCCUAUUGGGACGACCGAGGUAGCAGUCAAGAGGAAUUGGCGAAGAGUGCAGGUCGCAUCGUGGUGAGGACAACAGUGUAUCAGAAUAACGAGGAUAGAGCAAGGCCUUUGUGA